AUGAAGCCUGGAAGCGGUAAAAGGGGAAAGAGCAAAGUUCUACCACCACCUGGAGAUUUUAUUGCACUUGGCAAACAGACCAAACCGUCUUCAGAUUCUGACCUACGGGUUGCAUCUGGUGCAAGCGGGAAGAAACAUGUGGCCUCUUUGCCAAGUGCUGACCGUAAACGCGACAGUAGUACCUCUGUAACGGUCAGUUUGGCAAAGAAGCCAAAAAUCCUUGGAGGUACAUUCACAUUAGGACGUCCUUCUGAAUUGGAAAAAAAGAGUUCACCCAUUGUGCAGGUGCCAUUAUAUGAAGAGUCUGCUAUUGAAGUUGAUCCUUCUGAUUUUCUUGGUGAAAUUCAGGAAGCCUCUGAAAACAAUGAUGUUGAACGAGUGGAAGGUUUGCUGUGUGGUGCUGUAAAAAUUUUACGUUCCACUCGUUCUAAGCCUGAUCCCUGCCUUUAUCUUAGCCUGAUGUAUCUGGUCAAGUCUAAACCAUCCAUGUUUCUCAGCGAGUUAGUCACUGAGGCAUUCUGCAGUUUAUUAAAACGAGAUGUGUCCUUAAAUUUCAAAGCGAAAGGAAAUCCUCUUGUUUCUGUUUUGGCCUGCAAUAUUUUGAUGGCUGCUUACAGUGAAGAAGAUAAUUGGCCAGACGAUUUUGUUAAGGUUUAUGUAGAGGAUUCCCUUGGUGAACAUGUUUGGGUUGACCGUGAAGAAUGUAAAGAAUUUGUGGAGAAUAUCUUGACAGCAUUCAAUACGAAGUCUCCUCCCAAAAAUAAACUUUUGUCUGCUGCGGAAGGUACCAAGUCUGGGGAACAGUCUGGAAAUUCAAGUCCUUCACUUAGUGUGUGUGAAGAUGAAGAGAAAAGUAUUGAUAGUGACAGUCUGAAAUCUGGCUUUGGGGAUGCUGAUAAUUCACCUGUUACACCAAGGUAUACUUACCAGCAAGAAAUGAUUGAAACUGACGUUUUGGAGAUUGUGAGAGAACAACUGAACAAGCGUCAACCAAUGGAUGGCUCAACGCGAAAUCUAAUUCGUCUGAUGACAGCAACUUGUGGAUCUGGAGAAAUUAGGUUGACAGCUGCCCAACGUCUUGAAAUGUGGCUACAAAACCCAAAGUUGGCUCGUUCUGCCCAAGAUCUUUUGAUGUCAGUAUGCCUUAAUUGUGACCAGUCCUCUUCUAUGGAUAUGGAGACUAUUAUUCAGUUGACCAAAAUUCGUCUAAAGACAAAACCACUUAUAAACCAUUAUCUGGCUUGUAUGAGAGAACUUCUCAAUCAGAAUGCUGAUAAUCUACGAAUAAUUCUCAUUCAUACAAUCUACAAUGAAUUGUCAAAUGCUCGUAAUCCCAAUAAUAUGGCAUUGCUUGGUGUAAUUUGUCAAAAUUCUCCUGAGACAUCUGCCAGAAUUUUAGCAGAAAUCUUCCAGGAUUUAUUAAUGAACAAAGAAGAUUACUUACGAGCUUUGAGAGCUUUGUUCAGAGAAAUUGUCCGGUCACUUCGACAUGAUCUCAAUUUUGUGGCAUUCUGUUUGGGACUUAUGCAGAAAAGAAAUGAAUCAAAAUUAACAGAAAUUGAUCAAGCAUUCAAAGAACGGUAUGUUCUGGCUAUCACUGACCUGAUCACUCUCACCAUUUUGGUUGGCAUCACGCCAUCUGUAAGAGAGGCAGCAGCAAACCUUGCUCGAGGUGAAAGAAAAGAUCUAGAUAAUUUGCACCAGUAUCAACAACAGGUGAGCAUAAUUCAACGUGAUAGCGUUUGGUGGUUGCACACUGUCGUACCUACAGUUGUUGAAAUGAAGACUUCUGACUAUGUUCACUGUUUGCAUAAAGUAUUGUUUAUGGAAAGUGCUGAUCAUUACCACAACAAAGACAACUGGCCGCCUGAGAGUGAUAGAGUACAUAUGCUGAGAAUUGCAUCUGAUAUUCCCGUCUUGGAGGAUACGUUGAUGAGAAUUCUUGUAAUUGGCCUUUCUCGAGAACUUUCUCUUGUAUCUGCUGAUGCUGUGGAAUUGGCUGACCAGUUGAUCAAAAGAGCAGCCGUGAUGCAUUUAGAUGGUGUUGAGGUUCUUCGUGUUACAAGACUGGAAUUUGUCAGUGCUUUAAUGAAUCUUUGUGCCUAUCAUCAUCCAGAAAAUAUUGCCCUGCCUGCUGGAUACACUCCUCCGACUCUGGCUAUUUCCUCUCUCUACUGGAAAGCCUGGAUUAUGUUACUCAUCAUUGUUGCUUUUAACUCAAGCACUUUUGGUCCAACAGCUUGGGAGACUUAUCCGAUCUUAAAAUGUUUGAUGGAAAUGGUGAUGACAAACAAUUACAAGUUUCCUCCUCCUACAACCGCAACUGAUGAAAAAGUGAUUGAAGAUAUCAAGAAUCAAGAGAAGCAGUUGUAUGAAAAAGAGAGGCAGGCGAUUUUGGAAUUUGAAGCUCAUUUGGCAGCCGCAACAAGCAAAGUUACCAUCACAGAAACGAACAGUCUUCUGCUUACUCAACUAACUUCCAUGGAUGUUUCAGGCCCAAUGCGAAAACCACCAGAAGCUGUGAUUGAACAGUUAAAGACAUUAAAUCAGUCUUUGAGGAUUGGCCAGAUGUUGUGCCGAAGUCGUAACCCAGAUUUCCUGCUGGAUAUUAUUCAGAGACAGGGAACAACUCAGUCAAUGCCAUGGUUAGCUGAAUUGGUUGAAUCCAAUGAAGGCUCUCUGGACGUUCUUCCAGUUCAGUGUCUUUGUGAGUUUCUUCUUCAUGAACCACAAGACAACAACAAAGACAUAGAUGAUGAUGACGAGGAUGCAAGAGCUGAAAAACACAAGAAAAAACAGAAAAUGAAAAAACAAGAUCAGUUAUUAGCCAAACUUCAAAUGUUGGUUCACAGUCCGUCGAGUGAUACAGGAACAACGUUUGAAGUAUUAGAUUAUUUUUUCAAAAGACUUUCCUCAAACCAAGCAUCAAGUCGAAGCCUCGCUAUCAAGGGUUUAUCAUUGGUUGUGUCAACAUCUCAUAUGGCGCCAGCAGAUGUUGAAUCGAUCAAAAUUGAAGAACCAGAAGAACAGUUUUUAAGAUUGCUUCCACAACAUAAAUGGUUGUUAGUCUACCUCCCCAGUUUACCGCUUUUUGACUCUCUCAGAUCACAAGCUUGUUAUGCCAUUCGGAAGGCUUGUCAUGUGGAGACUGACCCAACUCUUGUUAGUGCCUAUGUCAUCUUCCUUGACCGUCAUGUAAAAGAUGUCAACCUACAAAACAUGGAUGAUUUGGCAUUGGAAGUGACUCAACUUAUUGUUGAGCGGACAACUGUAAUGAAUCAUAUUGUACCACCCCAUGGCAAUCGGCCUGAAUUGGCUGACAGGACCCUCACAGCUGUCUUGUCUCUCUACACUAAAUACCUUCGCAAAGCUAAAGAACCGGACAAAGAAGCUUAUGAUUGGUCAAAUACACAGGACCAAAUCAUUUUACAGUGGGAAUCUGGUGACUCUGCCAUAAUGCAUGUGUUGGUUGUUCAUGCUAUGAUUAUAUUGCUUACUUAUGGACCACCUAAAGGUGGAGAAUCUCAUUAUGAGGAAUUAUUGCAAACUUGGUUCCCUGAAGAAGGGAGUCCUCCAUCUGCAUUCCUUCUGGACACCUCUGAAGAAGCCCUUUUGCUGCCUGACUGGUUGAAACUUCGUAUGAUUCGAUCUAACAUAGAGCGCUUGGUAGAUGCAGCUCUUCAAGACUUGGACCCAGCACAGCUGUUUUUAUUUGUCCAAUCUUUUGGUAUCCCAGUGUCCAGUAUGACAAAACUUUUGCGUUAUUUAGAUAGAGCCGUGGAAAUGGAUUGCCUUGUUCUUGAUCAGGCUGGGGUUGACAAGAGUUAUCUUGCUCAACUGAUAGAGAUUCAGCACACUCGUGGAGCAGUUGGUGGACACACUUUUCUGGAGAUGCUCAAGGAAACCAUUCCUGCAACAAACAAUAAUGACAGUAAGCCUUCAUCUGAAUAUGAAAGUCCAACAUCAAUCAGAUGGACAAUUCCAGAAAAGACAGAAUCACUUUCUCUACCAACAAAUAUUAAUGACUUGGUUGCUUGCCUGCAACAGAUCUUUGAGUCUGGUUCCAGUGGAGAUAUUUCAAAGACUGAGGAACAGUACCGUAAAAUUUUAAAGGGUUUGGCAACGAGUAAUGAAAUGGCAUUGAAUGUUACAAAAGCACUCAAUCAGAUUCUGGCCUCUCCAAUGCAGCAAGUUUUUGUUGAACAAAUGAUAAAAGCUACAAGUAAAACUUGUCCUUUACUAAAAUUACUUACUGCAAAACAGCGCCAACUGCAGGGAUCUCUGAAGCAAACUAUGGAUCUUUUGUGGAGUCUUUGUAAAGACCAGAAAUCUCCUGUGACUGCAGUGGUCAACCAAUAUAUGGUCAGUUAUCAACGUCAAUCUUCAAAACUGGCAGUCAAAGCUGAAGUACAGUCAAUUGCUGAAGAACUUAUUGAUAAAAACAAAGAAAUUUGUGAAGACAAAGCUUUGCUUGAUUUCAAAAACCGUGGCCAGGUGAAUGACCCUCGGUUGGAGACCCUGGUUGAAUUUUGCAUGAAUAAUCAAAUAAAAUCCAACCAAAUGGGCACAAUGACCAAAGUGGCUUGUAGAAUGCUAAUAGAUGAUAAAUCUGGACUGAAAGUUCCUUCAUCUGCAGCUUGUCUUUUUGUGGAUUGGUUGGAACUGAUUGACCCUGAGGUGAUUAGCCUUGCCCCAGAUCUACAGUUGCUUUUACUGUUUGCUAAACAACAUAAAUCGUUGCGUCAGAAUUCCGACCAAUGUCCUGAUGUCGAGAAAGUUACCGAAAAUGAUGAGGAUGAUGCUCUUUGCAAGAAACAGAGCAUUGAUAAACCCCGUCAGCAGCAGGCCUACCUUCUAGCUCUCCUCACCCACCAAAGUCACUGGGGCACCCUUCACCGGUGUAUCAACAGACUGUUGCAAAACAAUCAAUAUACCAAGCAUGACCCAACAUCUGUGUUGGAUUUUUUGUGGGCAUGCAUCCACAUUCCAAAACUUUGGCAGGGACGAGAAAGAAAAGGACUGAAGAACUUACCUCCCGAAGAUGUUCUUGGUCUCUCUGUUGACCAACUGUCCUCUGUCCUUGAUUAUAUUGUCCAAGAAGCCAGUGAACAUAAUGACCAGUCUGCCGAACAAAAAGUGUCCACUGAUGCAGCAGAUGUGAUCAGUUGUCGUGUGGAGUUGCUGAAAUGCUGUUUGUGUAAUGACAACACAAAAUUGCGUUGUCUUGUUGAACACAUGGAAAAAUGUGCUCUCAACACAAGCUCUUAUUCAAAGCUCUAUCUUCACACAUUGUUAGAACUCUACCUCCAGUACCCCUACCUACUCAGUUGGUUACAGGACACCAGCCUUCUCCUUAAUGACACUUACACUACCCAGAGAAGCACAAGCCAGUUGGAUCUGAUUUCCCAUCGUUUAUUGUCUGGUCUGGGCAAUGCAGUGCCAGGCAAAGCAUCUGAGAAUCGAAUGUAUGAUGCAAACAAUGCAGGAAGGAAACUAGCAGCAGAACAUCCCUUGCUUAUCCUCAGGCAGUUACCAUUGAUUGCUGCCUUGCUGCAAGGAAAAACUCAAUUCUCCAUCCAAGAAAUGAAGACACGGAAUUAUCUGUUGCUUUUCUCUUAUGUUCUUGGUCUUCUUGAACUACUGGAGCCUCACAUCUUCCGCAAAGAGUACACAGCCCUUGACGAUGUGCUUGAAGCCUAUUUUUCUCUUAUCAAGUCACACGGACAAGAAUACAAAAACAUCAGCACAAUCAUUGUAACAUUCAUCCAGUUUCUGCAUAGAUUUGUGCUACAUGAACCUCAGAGAGCUGUGCACAUUUUACAAAAAUAUGUUGACCUUCUCAGUGUUGUCUCCAAUCAUUAUCCAGAUCUGUCUGUUCUGAAGUCUCUUUUGGCUGGAUUGUCCCUACCUCGGCAACUGACGAAACAAACCAAUGAGUUGGAAGAAGUUGAAAGUUCAUCUGGACCCCUUCUUGUCAAUGUCAGGGCAAGCUCUCCUUGGACAUUUAGUCAACUGGUACCAUUUUUUGCUCGACUUGCCAAAGAUUCACCCAAAUCAGAAGUAUUGGAUGUUCUUCAAGAUUUGGAUGAAGCAUCAAAAAGGAAGGUUGAUAUUUUAGAUCAUUUUCAGGCUGAUCUUAAGAGGCUGAUGACAGAUGUGAAUGAUGAAUGUCGCAAUGCUGCCUACACAAUGGUGAUGAGGAGCAUUCGUCAUAAUCCAAGCCAUGCCGCUCAAUAUGUGCCCGUGUUUGUUCAGUGCUUGAAUGACGAAUGUCCCGACAUUGUGUACAGCGCACUCCGCAAUCUGGCCGAGUUUGUCACUUUAUGUCAAGAACAUGCUAAUGUAAUUCUUGAAAAAGCAUUUGCAGUUGGCAUUGUCACUGCUAUUGAAACAAGUUCAUACAUUUCUGAAGCCCUUCAGUUGCUCAAUAUGGAAACGGCUCAGUGA